CGCACGUACGUGUGUAUGAAGUUCCGUCCGAUCCAUAUCCGAUAUCCAUGCGCAUGCUGCGCCAGCGCUGUGCCACGGCAUAUCGCAAUCCAUCCAGAGAUUAGACGAAUAUACUCGAGUCGACCAUCAACAGUGUGCUCAACAUAGCGCGAAAUGGCUUCCAGCGAAUCUGGAGACGACUCUCUGUAUCCAAUCGCAGUUUUAAUUGACGAACUGAGGAAUGAGGAUGUUCAGCUUCGACUUAAUAGCAUCAAGAAGCUGUCAACCAUAGCUUUGGCUCUUGGAGUGGAGAGGACUCGCAGUGAACUCAUUCCUUUUUUAACAGAUACUAUUUAUGAUGAGGAUGAAGUAUUGCUGGCAUUGGCGGAGCAGCUUGGGAAUUUUACGGCAUUGGUUGGUGGACCAGAAUUUGUGCAUUCACUUUUGCCACCUCUGGAAAGCCUUGCGACUGUAGAGGAAACAGUGGUUCGUGACAAGGCUGUUGAUUCCCUUCGUAAGUUGUCUGAGGAACACUCUUCAGCUGACAUGGAGGCUCACUUCUAUCCACUUGUCAAGAGAUUGUCUUCUGGUGAUUGGUUUACAUCCCGUACAUCAGCAUGUGGUCUGUUCAGUGUUUGUUAUGCCAAGUGCUCUAGUAACAUCAAGGCAGAACUUCGCACGCAUUUCAGAAACCUGUGCUCUGAUGAAACCCCUAUGGUCAGACGAGCUGCAGCAAGUAAACUUGGAGAAUUUGCCAAAGCAGUAGAGCUAGAUUAUCUCAAGUCAGAUGUCAUCCCAAUGUUUGUCAAUCUUGCAGCUGAUGAACAAGAUUCAGUACGUCUACUGGCUGUAGAGGCCUGUGUGAAUAUUGCAACAUCAUUAUCACCUGAGGACACAGAGACGCUUAUCAUGCCAACACUCCGAAAUUGUGCAGAGGAUAAAUCCUGGAGAGUACGCUACAUGGUGGCAGACAAAUUCACCGAUCUUCAGCAAGCUGUUGGACCCGAGAUCACCAAACAAGACUUAGUGGGAGCAUUUCAGAGCUUGCUGAAAGACUGUGAGGCAGAGGUUCGUGCUGCCAGUGCACAUAAAGUCAAAGCAUUUUGUGAGAAUUUGGCACCGGACUCCAGGGAGCAGAUCAUCAUGACCAACAUUCUUCCAUGUGUGAAGGAGUUGGUGUCUGAUGCAAACCAACAUGUCAAGAGUGCUUUGGCAUCUGUCAUCAUGGGCUUGUCUCCAAUACUGGGCAAAGAUAAAACUAUCGACCAUCUGCUUCCCCUAUUCCUGGCUCAGUUGAAGGAUGAAUGCCCUGAGGUCCGUCUCAACAUCAUUAGCAACCUGGACUGUGUCAACAAUGUUAUUGGUAUCAAACAGUUAUCACAGUCAUUACUACCUGCCAUAGUGGAACUUGCUGAAGAUACUAAAUGGCGUGUACGACUGGCAAUUAUUGAGUACAUGCCGCUACUUGCCGGCCAACUG